UCACAACGCAAAAACUUUCUACGAUGCAAGUUCAUGGUAAGCUUUGCAAUACAGAUUUGCGAAUAGGCUAAACUGAUGAAUUAGCAAUGAGCUUUGUUUGGCAAGUACAACUAACAUUGACAGCCUAACUGACCUCAAAGAACUUGAAGGGCCUACGCUUUGUCAACACUUCACUUUCACGUAGUACAACCGCAUCUGUGUGAUCGACAUAAGCUAUGCUCGAGCAUCACCUCUACAUCAGGUCGCAGCCUAUCCGCAAGUCGACACGGGCAUGCAGAAAAGACUUCGGGCUUCACCGCCGCCGAUACCUUUGAUUUCGAAUGACCACGGCAUAGCAACUCCGAACUAUGAUCAAGGCCAUCAAACAUAUCUACUGCCCGUCUCAAAACCUUGCACGACUCAUGCCCUGCCUCACUUUACCGCAAGCCGAACGUCUACCAUGUCGGACCGCGACUCUCCCAAAACGACAUUGCCGGCCCGAGUUCGAUCAGAAAGGAUCCUGGGCCGCAUCUCAUUAGGAUAAACGCGACCCAGUAAGCCACGUUCAACGCACCUUCUCCGGAACAAUGAUGGUGCCGUGAGAUCACCCACCACCCACGCGGUUGGUAAUAACCGACCAACGGCUGAGAUCCUUGAC